AUGAAGGUUCUGGUCUGCCCAUCUGGCUUCAAGGGAAGCAUUAACCCUGGCACAGCGGCGGACUGUAUUGAGGCCGGCAUCCUGCAAGCCAUGCCUCAGGCAACUGUCCACAAAGUUCCCCUCGCCGACGGUGGAGAAGGGUUUGCUCAUGCCCUGGUGGCUGCUACGUCGGGGGCAAUACGCAAUCUUCGCGUAACCGGCCCCGUUAGAGAGCCCGUUCAAUCAUUCUAUGGGAUCCUCGGCAACACCCCGGUCAAGACUGCUGUGAUUGAGAUGGCAGCCGUGGCCGGUCUGAGCUUGGUCCCUCCUGACCGCCGCAACCCCUGCGCGACGACUACUUAUGGCGUUGGCCAGCUGAUUGCCGCGGCGCUUGAUGACGGGGCCCAACGGAUCAUCGUCGGGUGCGGUGACUCUGGCACCAGUGACGGUGGUGCCGGAAUGCUCCAAGCCCUCGGGGCUCGACUACUCGACUACGAUGGGCGAGAGCUUCCGCAGGCAGGUGGCGGCCAGUCACUCGUUUCCCUCGCCGGAGUUGAUUUUUCAAAGAUGCAUCCCCGGUUGAAAUAUGUUAAUAUUGAGGCCGUCUGUAACUGGAAGAACGUCCUCUGCGGGCCACAGGGAGUAGCGCGAGUCUACGGCCCGCAAAAGGGCGCAUCUGCCGAACAAACACAGCUUCUAGAAGCAGCACUGCAAAUCUAUGCCGUCGUCAUUCAUCGCACGCUUGGGAUCGACAUCUCCAAUGCACCUGGGAGCGGUGCAUCCGGGGGUCUAGGGGCAGGCUUGCUCCUCGUUGGAGCGGAGUUACGCCCACGGUAUGAGGCCUUGAUGGAGUAUUUCCACCUUAGAGACAUUUUUAGUGACUGCGACCUGGUCAUCACGGCAGAGGGGGCGAUCGAUGACCAGACCCCAAGGGGCAAGAUCCCGGCAGAGGUCGCACUGCGUGCUAGAGAGCGCAACAUUCCGGUCAUCGUCCUUGCAGCGGCCCUCGACCCUGGACGAAGCGAUGGGGGACACUGA